UAAUAGUUGUUUAUCAUUUUACUGAAAAUUACACAAAAAAUAUUGAGUUAAUAAUACUAAUGAUAAUAAGACUAAAAUAGCAACUACGAGCAAUAAAAGAGUCUGUACAAUUUCCAAUUCUUAAAACUUGAUAGUUUUCGAAACCCUAAUUUUUUGACCAGUUCAAGAAGGCUUGUGAUCUCCUUUUAUAACCCUGGAAACAUAGUUAUGCGAAAUAUUUGCAAUAAUUCAGAUAUAAUAACUGCACAUACGUUAUCACAAUAUUGAAGAGGAAGUUUUUAUUGUACAUUAGAGACAAAUUUAUGAUUGCACAAUAUUAUUCGGUUUGAUUCGAGAAAAAUAUUCGGUUCGAUUUGAAUCAAAAAAAUAUUCGAUUUUGGACAGCCCUAAUCUUUACCCAUCUUAGUGACUUUUUAAAACAUCAACAAUCGGAUUAUAAUUUCAUGCUUAACUGGAAAUAAUUUUAAUUUUGACAAGAGUCACACUAAAAUCCUCAGCGGUCCCAGUUGUGGCCCACGGCGUACCUGUUGCACACCUCUGGUCUAAACGCACGUAUGUUGGCAUUACAUAUUGAAGACUCCGUUGGAAUUGCAUGACCAACAUUUGACCCAGGAAGAAAAAACAAAGGAGUUAUAAAACUUGGGUAUAAGGGGUAUAAGCCUGCUUGUCAUCUGACCUAAGAAGAAAAAAUGGAGUUUAAAACUGCAGUCUUUAUAUCCUUAAUAAAUUCGGUAGAAAAAAAUUAUCAUCUUUUUUCCAGCAAGCAUUUGUGCAUUAUGUUUGGAAGUUUCCCUGUAAUGUGUGUUUCUUAGUAUAUUCUAUUCAUCCCAGUAUGCUAUUAUUUUUUGCUCUCUUUCACCUCCAUACAAUUCAAACUGAUGAAAUGCUUUAUUUGGAACUGUCUAGAUUUCAAAACUUAGAAUAUAUAAAACUUUGAAUUGAACUGUAUACUCCAUCAGACAUAUAAAUUGAAAAUCUUGAUUGGAAAUGGGGUUGUCCAAUAUUUUACACUAUACAAGAUUCAAUACUUCUUACAUUUUUGACAGUUAAAAAAUGUUGAGUUUAUUUGAAUACACAAAGUAAGUGAUAUUCGAAAAUUAAAGAUGAAAUUGUAUAUGAAAUGUAUUCAAAUUGUAUAUGAAAUAUAUAAAAGUUCAAUCUUCCAAAUUUGAAAUACAGUUUUCAAAAUUUAUUAUUUAAUAAUUUUUUUUGCGUAAUCUCACAAAGUAAAUUAAUGUAAAAAGUAUGAAUUAAAAUUGAUUUCAGAUAAGAAUCCUUAAAUGACAUACUACUGUAUUUUCCAGGAACUUUUUUAAAACUGAUUUUUCAACUGUAUUGUAAUAUUUUAACUCAAGCCUCGUUUCAAUCAUUACUUACUACCAAAUAAUGUACCAAUAAUUCUAUAUAAAGGUCAGUUUAUACUUCUGCGUGAGUGUCUGCGACCUUGCUUUGAGUAAAUUUUCAUGGAAAAAAUAUUGGAGACAGACAUUCGAUCUAUGAGAAUGAUUUGUUUAUUUUUGUAAUAGUUACUUUUUAAUCAUCAAUAUAUUAUUUUUGUUACUUAUUCAUAUUUUGACACACAAAAUUUAUUUAACAACAUAGGCAAACUGACAGCUUGGCUGAGAGUUCUUUGUUUGUAUUGUUCAGAAAUGAUCUUUUGGGGAAUUACAAUACUUUUAGACUUGUUAGUAUGGUGUGAUACGAUUUUCGCUAUUUGUUUGGUUGAUUGUCAUGGCUCUCAAUUCCAGCAAUCAUUAAUAAAUAUGAGUUAUUAUCAUUUGAUAGCCUUAUUUUACAGAGAUUUGAUCUAGUAAAUUCAAUCUUUGUUAAUUUAUCCAACAAAAACAUGGCGCAAUACAAAGGAGCAGCAAGUGAAGGUACACGGGCAAUGCAUAUGCAGAAAAAAAGAGAUAAAGAAAAGGAAAAAUUAGAACUCAUGAGAGCAAAGAUUGUUAAUGAAAAUGCAAUCAAAUCAAACAUACAUAAUAAAUUUUCUGCCCAUUAUGAUGCAGUCGAAGCAGAACUCAAGUCCAGUACAAUUGGUCUUGUAACACUGACUGAAAUGAAAGCAAGACAAGAUCUUCUUGUAAAAGAAAGGGAAAAACAAAUUGCAACUUCAAAUGAAGAAGCAAGAUUAAAAAAGAAAGAAAAAGAGAAAAAACGGAAAGCGGAAAAACAGAUUCAAAAAUCGACUCUAUCGUUUGAUCCAGAAGAUGAGGAAGAGGAGGAGGAAGAAGAAAUAGCAAUUAAGAAAAAACCUAAGAAAAAUCCAGACGUUGAUACUAGUUUUCUACCUGAUCGAGACAGAGAGGCCGCUGAAAACAGAUUACGAGAAGAAUUAAGGCAGGAAUGGCAAGAAAAACAAGAAACAAUUAAAAAUGAAGAAAUUGAAAUCACGUAUAGUUACUGGGAUGGAUCUGGCCAUCGAAAGAAGACAAAGAUGAAAAAGGGGAACAGCAUUCAGCAAUUCCUUAUUAAAUGUCUUGAACAAUUAAGAAAAGAUUUUAGUGAACUUCGAUCGGCAGGUGUUGAACAUAUUAUGUACAUUAAAGAAGACUUGAUUAUUCCACAUCAUUAUACAUUUUAUGAUUUUAUUGUAACAAAAGCUCGAGGAAAGAGUGGAGCUUUGUUUUCAUUUGAUGUUCAUGAUGAUAUAAGAUUGAUAAGCGAUGCAACUGUUGAGAAAGAUGAGUCACAUGCUGGGAAGGUUGUUCUCCGACAAUGGUAUGAAAAGAAUAAACACAUAUUUCCUGCAAGUAGAUGGGAACCUUACGAUCCAGAGAAAAAAUGGGAUAAGUAUACGACAAAGGGUUCCAGUUCAUGAAGAAUGCAAUUUUGCAGUGUUGGAUUCAUGGCCAGCUUCCAAGUUUUUGGGAUGGAUAACACAACGCGGAAAGCUGUUUUAAUGCUACUUGCCAUUGAAUUUGAACUGGGCUUGGGGUGGGUUUUUUAUGCAUUGCAGUUGAUACUAAUAUGCCUGAUUACAUGUCCACUGGAACCGGUCUAGCAGACUCUAAAAGGAAACUAAUUCAGCAUAUUAAAGCAAGACUAAGUAGAGUUAGUCUCGUCUUGCAACUCAAGCUAAUAUCUUCAGUAAAAUCGAACAUUUACAGUAUUGGAGUUAUGGUGAAAUGCCAUUUAAAUGUUUUAAAGACUGGUGCGUUUUAACAGUUUCACUGUUAAAAAUUAUCAAUCAUUAAAUUUGUUAACUAGCAUUUCAUCGUAACUUCAAUACUGUUAAUAUUGUUUUUUCACACAUAACAUCAUUCAGAACUGUGUACUUCGUUACAAGCCGAAAUACCGAUACCAGUACGGUAGCUGUGCCUCAAACAACCACUAAACAGACAGUGUUAUUCAAGUUUCUUACAAACAUAUCGACUAUACUCAUUUCUUCACCAGUAUCCAUACUUGUAUGGUGGACGCGAGGUUCCUAUCAUUCAAAGAAUCAGUAUAUCCUGCCAGGGUCGGAUCAUGCCCUUUUACAGUUUUCAAGGCCAUGAGAUCUUAAGACCUUGGUGCCCUAUUAUAAGAAGUAAUAAUAAUAUACAGUGCAAUGAUGAAACCAGUUUUCAUGUUAUUUGAAAUUAAAUAUAGAGUUUCGAAAUUCAUUACUGACUGACGGCCCAAUUAUGAUUAAUUUGCAUGAUGUUUUUUGAAAAUGGUUUCCAUGCCUACAAACAUUUAUAGAAGUUUAUGAUGAUACUUACAAAAAAAAGGCUUCAUGUUUUGCAACAGUA